AUGUCAACCGCUGCCAGCUGUCCUAUAGUUGCAUUGCCUCCUGACAAGGACCUACGAUCUCCCAAAUUCCAGCCGAACACGGUCUAUUCAAUUCCUUUCACCAAUCCCGAUCACCAACUUAACGAGAUUUGUUCGAAGUUGAAAAAACAAGGGUUCGAAAUCGAAGGCUCAUCCAUUGAAGCAUACUUGACAAAUGCCACCGGAAAGAUUCAUGUUCAACGACGGGCUGGUCCAGAUAAUAUGUCACGGCCUUAUGUGAUCGAGGCCGCCGGAGGUGCAACGGAACAAUGUGACAAAACACUCCACCUGGCUGCCCUUCGUGAGCUGUUGGAGGAGGCCGGCAUUUUGAUUCUAGGCGCCACCCCCCUCGAGAAAGGCUAUGUCCACUUCUGGGAACACACAGAAAGACAUACCCGUAAGAAAAAGUGGCUGAUCAAGGUUGCCUUCGUCUACUUCAUUUCCAACGAUGAUGACUGGCUGUUCACCAGUCGUGUCUGGGACAGCGAGUCUAAAUCGCCAAUGGGGAAAUUGCCAAUUCUCUUGGAUGAAAAAGAGGUCAGCGAUGCCUUCUCCAUUUCCCAACUCCAAAUGGAGGAGAUGAUCAUUUGGGAUCCCGAACAGAGAAAGACUACAAAAGAUCGCCAGUCUCUCGUUACUCAACGUGAAACAUACGCUAUACUGGAGGAUAUCUUCGGAUAA